AUGGCUUCUUUUUCUGUCUCUCCCUCUCCUACUCUCUCCUGCUCUACGUGUCAGAUGUUAAGCUACUCCUCGUCCUCCUUUAGUGAUAAUGAUACAUGUAAGAAAUGUAGUUUAUUUUUAGCUUUGGAGGCAAGGGUGUCUGAGUUAGAGAGACGGCUCCGCACCAUUGAGUCAGAGUCAUUGUAUGCAGCAGUAGUUAGCCAGCCACCUGUAGCCGGUGCGGGCCGACAUAGCUUGGCUUCCCCCUCGGUAGCUCCCGAGCAGCUGGGAGGCAGUGGCUGGGUUACUGUCCGAGGGAAGCAUAGUCGAAAAUCGAAGCACAAGGUUCCCCACCAACCACUUCACGUUUCAAACAAAUUUUCCCCACUCAGCGACACACCUGCUGAGAAUAAAACUCUGAUUAUUGGAGACUCCAUAGUCCGAAACGUGAAGCUAGCUAAGUCAGCGGGCAUAGUUAGGUGUAUACCUGGGGCCAGAGCGGGCGACAUCGCAUCUCAUUUAAAGUUGCUGACAAAGACUAAAGGUAGAUUUGAUACAAUCGUAAUUCAUGUCGGCACAAAUGACUCCCGCCUACGCCAGUCGGAAGUCACUAAGGUUAAUGUGGAGUCGGUGUGUACUUUUGCUAAGACGAUGUUGGACUCCGUAUUGUUCUCUGGACCCCCCCCAAAUCAGACCAGUGAUGACAUGUAUAGCCGCAUGUCAUCACUCAACCGCUGGCUGUCGAGGUGGUGUCCAGCACACGAUGUGGGCUUCAUAGAUAACUGGCAGUCGUUUUGGGGAAAACCUGGUCUGCUAGCUAGAGACGGCAUCCAUCCCACUUUGGACGGUGCAGCUCUAUUAUCUAGAAACAUAGCAGAGGUUAUUAGUCCAAAACCUUGACAACAACACAGAGUUCAGACCAGGAGGCAGAGCUGCAAUCUUACACGCUUCUCUGCGCCUCCCUUAGAUCUGUCUCCCAGUCACUAUAGCUGUAAUUCUGAAUCGAACUGUAGUUAUACUAUAGGUACUGUGUCUGUCCCCCGGCCCAGACCCGUUUUUAUAAGUCAUCCAAACAGCGUAAAUCGUCAAAAUCUCAUUAGAAUCAAAACUACGAAUACGAUUUUGCUACAAAAUCAGAAAAUUCACUGCGGACUUUUGAACAUUAGGUCCUUAACAUCCAAAUCUCUUUUAGUGAAUGAUCUGAUAUCAGAUCAGCAUAUUGAUCUACUUUUUUUGACUGAAACCUGGCUGUGUCGAGAUGAAUAUGUUAGUUUGAAUGAAUCCACUCCUCCCAGUCAUUUUAGUACUCAUAUACCUCGAGACACUGGACGAGGUGGUGGAGUAGCAGCUAUUUUUAAUUCCAGUCUUUUAGUUAACCCUCGACCAAAGCUGAACUUUUCUUCUUUUGAAAGCCUUGUUCUUAGUCUUCCACAUCCAGUCUCAAGAACCUUUCAGCCAGUUCUAGUUGUUGUAGUUUACCGCCCUCCUGGCCCAUAUUCUGAGUUUCUAUCUGAAUUUGCAGAAUUUUUAUCAGAUUUAGACCUUAGCAGUGAUAGAAUAAUUGUUGGAGGUGACUUCAAUAUCCAUGUGGAUGUUGAUAAUGAUAGCCUUAGCACAGCUUUCAUGUCAUUAUUAGACUCUAUUGGUUUCACCCAGGGUGUAAACGAACCUACUCAUCGUUUUAACUACACCCUGGAUCUUGUUUUAGCUUAUGGCAUUGAAAUCCAUAACCUUACAGUUUUCCUAGAAAAUCCUCUUCUAUCAGACCAUUUCCUUAUUACAUUCGACUUUGUCCUGCCAGAAUUAUCUCCGCUUGGAAGAGGUGUGCUCUCUAGA